AUGAACAUCGAGUGCAAACAUUGCGAAGCACCGACAUGGAAGAAGGAACCACCGGGCAUCUGCUGCAGUGGCGGAAAAGUUUUGUUACCCGCCAUACCCAAACCGCUCACCCCAUCGGUCGAGCUCCUUUCGGAACAAUCGGUCGAAGCGCAGCAUUUCCUCUCAAACACGGGAGCGUAUAACUCGGCUUUUCGGAUGACGUCCUUUGGAUGCGAUGAAAUUAAAGCUCGCACGGGAAAGAGCAAAUAUAAAUAUGUGAGUAGAGACAAUGACAUUCGUGUGUCAACAAUUGACAAAGUGUCGAAGUUGAAGCCUGCAUUUGUCAAGCCACACGGCACCGUCACUUCGGCUAAUGCAUCGUUUCUUCUAGGCACAUGCUGCAGUACUGAUGGUGCGUCAGCGUGUCUUAUUAUGAGUGAAGAGAAGGCGCUCGCUCUGGGUUAUAAACCGCUUGCUUAUUUGAGAGACUUUGUGUACGUUGCACAAGAUUUCAAAGAUCAAUUAUUACUCGGCCCAGCAUAGGCCAUUCCCAAGCUGCUCGACAAGAAGCUAACGCUGAACGACAUCGACGUGUUCGAAUAUCACGAAGCAUUUGCAGGCCAACUCUUAGCUAACAUGAAGGCCAUGGACUCCGACUGGUUUUGUCAGACUCACCUGUUUGAAAGAAGGUUGAAGCUGGGGUUGUUGCCUGUUGAAAAGAUGAAUCUCUGCGGCGGGUCUCUGUCUAUUGGACAUCCGUUAGGAGCAACCGGCGUUCGUCUGGUGACAACAGCAGCUCAUCGACUACGAAAAGAAAACGGCAAGUUAGCACUCGUCGCUGCUUGUGCUGCUGGAGGAUACGGACACGCCAUGUUGGUUGAACGUUAUUGA